AGGCUGAGUGGCUGUAACCUCUCGGAGAGAAGCUGUGGAGCUCUGAUCAGAGUUAUUCAAUCAACUAAUCUCAGGGAGAUGGAUCUGGGUAACAAUAACCUGCAGGAUUCAGGAGAAAUUCUACUGUCAGCUGCAUUGAAGAGUCCACGCUGUAAACUGGAGUCUCUUAGAUUCCUGUCCACUCACUAUUGAUUCAGACACAGUACACAGUAGGAUCAAGCUGUCUGACAACAACAAUGAGGCUAUGUAUGUUAUGGAGGAUCAGUCAUAUCCUGAUCAUCCAGACAGAUUUGACCGAUAUCCUCAGCUGCUGUGUAGAAAUGGUCUGACUGGUCGCUGUUACUGGGAGGUCGAGUGGAAAGGAAGGGUUCAUAUAUCAUUGAGUUACAGAAGCAUUGGAAGGAAAGGAGGCAGUGACGACUGUGUAUUUGGAGAAAAUCAGCAGUCCUGGAGUCUUUUCUACUAUGAUGGUGGUUACUCAGUCUGUCACAGAAAAGAAGAAACAUCCAUCACCACCACCAUCCUCUCCUCCUCCACUGCCUCUAACAGAGUAGCAGUGUAUGUGGACUGUCCUGCUGGCACUCUGUCCUUCAACAGAGUCUCCUCUGACACUCUGAUCCACCUCCACACCUUCAACACCACAUUCACUCAAACUCUUUAUCCUGGUUUUGGACUCUGGUCUCCUGGUUCCUCAGUGUCUCUAUGUUCUCUAUAGGCGUAAGAAGGUCUCCUUGGUCAGAGAAAUCAUCAUUUUUAUUCGUUCUGCCUUCAAAACAUUUUGGGAACAUAUACUGUCUUUUCACAGUGGUUAGAGUGUACAGGGUAGCUAUUUAGAGAAGACAGAACAUGGAGGCUGUGGAGAUUAGGAAAUUAUUUUACUGUUACUAUUCAUAACCAUUAUCAUUACUAUUGCAUUACUUAUCAUUUAUCAUUAUCAUUUCAUCGAAGCAUUUAUUGAAGCUGUUGAUGUUACCUUAAAGUCAGUAUUUCAGCUGUUAGCUUAAUUAGAUAACAAUCUUUCAUUGCAGGUGCAACUGUAAUCAUGUUAUACACAUUGCAUUUUUGUGCUAAUUAAAGAGUUGAAGCUCGGUCAGUUAAUUGAUGAUGGUCUGAAGCUUCGGGCAGCGCGACGUCUGGCCGAUCUAUUGAGUAAUUUAAGGUGACCCAACCUAUGAGAGGAUUGCAUACAUGCUUACAAUACACUACAUAUAACCUGUAAACAGAAGAGAGGCCUGUGUGCACUCAGCAGCCUGCUGCAUUGGAGUUUUCCUGGUAACAGAUGACUCAGAAUAAGUCAGGAAGUAUGCUUCUAAAAUGUCUUUGUUUGUCGAGUGAGGUCAUGCACUGAGGUCAGCAUUUCUUUUAAGCAAAA